GGCAAUAGUGUGAUUUCGACCUUUUGAUGAAGCAACAUCAUAUUGCAUCAAGCAAUAGUCGGAAAGUUUGCAGACCGAUGUUCAAGUGUAGUUAAGAAAUAAAUAUUAAAUGGCAUAAAUAAUAAUAAAGUUACAGCUUCCAAUUAAAAAAGCCAAAUAACUAUUAAAAAAAAAAAUACAAUUACUAUGUGAAUUUUUAGUAAGUUUAAUUUGAAGCGGCUUAAGAAAAAAAAUUUAACACCAAAAUGCAAGGCCAAACUUAUCAGGAGAUGGUUGAAGGAAAACGUUUUUAUCCGAGUAACUGUGAUAAUACAUAUGAUAUGGAGUUGCUGAAGGUUAAUAAUUUCUACGAACCCAAAAAUAAUAUAGUGCAAAGUUCGAGCGAUUUUCGAAAACGUUCAACUAAUUUUGAUGGAUACCUAGGCCAGAUUAGAAGUCUAUCUAAAAUCAACCAUAGUCAUCAAAUCGGUACAAGUCUAUCUUUAAUUAGAUCUGAGAAUUUCUUAUGCUAUCCAAAACCACCAAAACCGAAACGCCGUGAAUUUAGCACAUAUAUAAAUAACCCAUCAGAAAAAUGUCAAAAUUAUAGAACAGGAGCCAGUACUGUUACUAGCGCCAUCAGAUCACGAGCAGAUCGAAUCGCACGCAUAGAAACAAGAGAUUACAAGUUAAACACAAAACUAAAGCUUCAAAUUGAUAAACCGACAACGAAACCCAAUGAAACCAGCCCCAAAAUAUCUCGAUGCUUUUUUCUAAAAAGUUUCUACGAUAAGGGCAUCUCGGCUCCAUCUAAUCAUUACAGCAAAGAAAAAUGUAAUCAUUUCCAAAUGUGCCAUGAUGGGGAAUCUGCUGAAUACGAAAAUAUUAAAGAACACAUAGUGACCAAAAAUUAUGAAAGUCUUUAUAGAUUUGAUAAAGUAAAACCCCAUGAAAACCUUAACGAUUUGCAGAACUUUUCGAAAAAAAAUGUAACCAAGGCUACAACUACUGAAUUGUUAAAAGCUACCGCAGAAAAAGUAAAGAAGUGUAAUAUUGAUUUGGGACGCAAAUUAAAAAGUUUAAAUGAUAUACAACAGGAGCUAACACUUAAUGGCAGUUUAGUUUUAUUGAACGCCGACUCUCGACAAUCACCUACUGCCAAUAUCCGUUCUGGGAAAUUUAUCACACCUUUUAAAAUGGAAAACGGAGCUAUAUUUUCAAAAGGCAACUACAACGACAUAAAUAAAUUUAUGGCACCGUCUAGGUUGCACUCAAUUCGUUUUGUAUCAAGCACUUCGGUUUCAUUGUGCAGCUGCAGCGGAACCUGUUUGGGUAACAGUUCUGAGCAUAGUUAUGAAGAAGAUUGCAGUGAAUGGAAUGAGCACAAAUAUUCCAGAGUACCUUUGUACUACUAUUCCCAUAGUUGUUCCAAUGCCUUGGAGGGUGUUUUUAGGAACAACUCUUAUGACGACUUUCCGACCAACCUGGACGAUAACUGUAGCACGUAUUCUUGUGACGGUGAUGAUUGCUCUUACUUCGAUAGAAAUUCCUGCGAUUCAUCUAGUUCUAUACAAAAACUUGAAACCAGGAGUGAAACCGAAAAUUUUAAACAAAAAAAGGUAAUUCUGCUAAAGGAUGCUGAACUACGUUUUCUCAGGCAUGGUCAUGUACUAAAGGAAAUUUUGGAGACUGAGCGCAUUUACGUAAAUGAAAUGAGCUCGAUCAUAAAGAGUAACGUCAAAGACCAGCUUUUGUUGGAGGAAUUUCAAAAAAUUUAACACAACUAGUGUUAAAUGUAACAUUUGCGCAAAGGAGUUAAAAACGUCCGGAAAUACUACCAACAUAAAGGAUCAUCUGCGUGCAGUACAUAAAGUAAGUAAAGAUGGCGUGGAAAUCGACCGUAAUGAAACAAAACGAAUGACAUCCCAAAUGUCAAUAAUAAAUUGUUUAGAGAAAGCAUCAUAGUUCGGCAGCGGUGGCCAAAAAACUAAACAAAUAUACGAUGCCAUUGUUUUUAUGAUUCGAGAAGGCAUGCAACCGUUUUCCAUAGUAGACAACGAGGGAUUCAUCCAUUUAAAGAAAACGGUUGAACCAAGGUACAAAAUACCUUCGCGUGCUACUAUAACGAAAUUUGUGGACGAUAAACACACCGAGUUAAAGGAAAGCAGCAAGACAUUGCUGAAAGACAAAACCGUAACAAUAACAAUGGAUGUAUGGAGCGACCAGAUGUCAAUGCAAAGUUAUCUGGGCAGUUACUGUGCAUUUUCAACUGCAAAAUGAAAUGAUGUCAUUGACAAUCGGUGUGUUAGAACUAACCGAGAGGCACACUUCAGCGUACCUUUGUGAUGUGUUGGAAAGCUGCUGCACAGAUUGGAAUAUUCAGAAACAUUUAGUGACUGCCGUUGUAACCGACAACGGAGCUAAUGUGGUUAAAGCUGUGCUUUUGGGCGAAAAAAGCAUAUACCGGGUUUUGCCCAUACUCUCAAUCUUAUUGCACGAGCUGCCAUGCAGAAAGAUGGAAUAAAUUCCAUAAUUAGCAAAGUGAAAGAAAUUGUCACUUUUGUCAAGAAAAGCAGCGUGGCAAGCGAAAAACUAAGAAAACAUACGGAGAAAAAUUUAAUACAAGACGUUGCUACGAGAUGGAACAGCACGUUUAUAUGAUCGAUCGUUAUUUGGAGCUCAAAAACAUUGUAAAUGAUAUUCUUUUGAAUGUGUGCAACGAAUUGACCAUGUUGAACGGCAAUGAGUUGCAAUUACUCAAUGAUAUAAUCCCACUGCUCAGCCCGAUUGAGGAAGCAACAAAAAUAGUUAGCGGAGACUCUUAUUGCACAGCUAGCACCAUAAUUCCAAUGGUGAACAUUUUGAAAGAAAAAUUGGCUAAUGUUACACCGAACAUGGCAGAUACAAUCAUUGUAAAGGACUUCCUGCUAAAUGAAAUUGAUAAGCGUAUGGGCCCAAUCGAGCAGGUAUGAUUGAACUCUGAUAUAUUCUAGUGUUAAUAUUUAUUUUCUAUGUAUUGUUUUAGGUCUCAAUUCUAUCAAUGGCAACGGUUCUUGAUCCGCGUUUCAAGAAAUUGCAUUUUAAGGACUCGCAGGCAUGCGCAAACUCAAUUCAAAAAUUAAAAUCGAUCGCCAAGCCGAUGGCCACCGAGAACGUCAAGGAAACCCUGAUAAAUGCGACAAAUAACAAUCCAAUUCGUUUUGGGACCAUCACCACAAAUUAGUACAGUCGCAAAGCCCCAAUGCCGAUAUUGACAUUGAAAUAAUGUUCUAUCUGCGAAUGCCAUUGGCACCAUUUAAUAGCAACCCAUUGGAAGAGUGGGAUGGUAUGAAAAAUUCAUAUCCGAAUUGGCAUACUGUUGCCCAACAAUUCCUACCAGUAGUGGGAUCAUUGGUUCCCUCUGAAAGAGUCUUUUCAGCUGCCUAUAAUGUGUUAACUCAAAAAGAAAUAGGAUAACACCGGAGCGGCUAAUCCGCAUUUUAUUUUUGAAAAGCGUCAACAAAAAAAAAAUUAUUUUUCUAAUUUAAAUGAAAAUGAAAAUAAAGACUGCUAUUAAAGUAUUAUUAUAAUUUAAGUUUUUGCCUAUUUAUAAUCUCAAUCUAAGUCAAAAGACUGCUAUGAAAGCAUUAUUAUUUUAUAAGUUU